AGAUAACUCUUAGCCUGCACCCUGUGACAGCAUUUGCAGCCGACAGUCACAAUGUCGAAGAGUCGAGGGCCUCUCGUGGGUGCUAUCGACCAGGGCACGAGCAGCACAAGAUUCCUCAUUUUCUCCAGUAAGACAGCUGAGCUCGUCACCUACCACCAGACUGAGAUCCAACAACACCUGCCUCGCGAAGGAUGGGUUGAGGAAGAUCCUCUGGAGAUCCUGGAGUCCGUGCGGAUCUGUAUGACCACUGCCAUCGACAACCUGAAGGUCCUCGACAUCCCAGUCUCGGACAUCAAAUGUAUUGGAAUCACCAAUCAAAGGGAGACAACCAUUGUAUGGGACAAGACAACUGGAGAACCACUGUACAAUGCAAUCGUGUGGCUGGACCUCCGAACAGCCUCAACAGUGGACAGUUUGGUUGGGAAAACACCACAGCGUAACAAGGAUUAUCUCCGGCCCAAGUGCGGUCUUCCCAUCACCACCUACUUCAGCGCAGUCAAACUCCGCUGGCUGCUGGACCACAGCGAGGAGGUGAAGGUCGCCGUCAAGGAAGGUCGGUGUCUGUUCGGCACAGUUGACUCCUGGCUGCUCUGGAAAAUGACAGGAGGAACAAAUGGAGGCAAGCACUUCACCGACGUCACCAACGCGAGCCGCACCAUGCUGAUGAGUCUACACACGCUUGAGUGGGACGACAGCCUUUGUAGGUUCUUUAACAUUCCAAAGGAGAUCCUACCAGAGAUCCACAGCUCCUCUGAGAUCUACGGUCAUGCUGCUGACGGACCACUCAAAGGCCUGCCAAUAUCAGGGAUCCUUGGAGACCAGCAGGCUGCCUUGGUGGGCCAGACCUGCUUCCAGCUGGGCCAGGCCAAGAACACAUACGGGACUGGAUGUUUCUUGUUGUACAACACAGGAACCAGCCCUGUAGAAUCCAAGACAGGACUGCUCACUACUGUUGCCUACAAACUGGGCAAGUCCAAGCCUGUCGUGUAUGCCCUGGAGGGCUCCAUCGCUAUAGCUGGGGCGUGUGUACGCUGGCUGCGGGACAACCUGGACGUCAUCAAAACAUCCCCUGAAAUCGAUGAACUGGCAGCACGGGUUGACAGCACUCAUGGCUGCUACUUUGUUCCGGCAUUCUCAGGGCUGUUCUGUCCAUAUUGGCAGUCUGACGCCAGGGGGGUCAUCUGCGGGCUUAGUCAGUUCACCAGCAAGGAACACAUCUGCCGUGCUGCUCUGGAGGCUGUGUGCUUCCAGACAAGGGAGAUCCUGGAGGCGAUGGACAAGGACAGCGGCAUCCCCUUGUCGUCCCUGCAGGUGGACGGCGGCAUGACUGUCAGCAGCAUCUGCAUGCAGCUACAGGCAGACAUCCUCGGCAUCAAAGUCGUGCGGCCGUCAAUGCCGGAGACCACUGCACUAGGGGCAGCAAUGGCUGCAGGAGCGGCGGAGGGCAUUGAGAUCUGGAGUCUCGACCCCAAGGACCUGACCACCAUCACCACUGAUGUCUUUGAACCCUCCGUGUCAAAACAGGAUCGUGACAAGCGGUUCCUGCGCUGGAAGAUAGCCGUGGAGAAAAGCAUGCACUGGGCUACAGACGAACAGCAGACAGCUGGGACAUCCUACAUGCAGCGGGCGAUUCCUGGUGGACUAUACUGCUUCGGGUCGUUCGGGCUGAUGAUCCUGGCGGAGAUUCUUGGUAACAGAUGACAACGUCCUUCUAUAUAGGCAGCAUAACUUUACUCAAACAUAGUGUUCACCUGAUGGCAGCAGCCUGGUGGUGGUAGCUCAUGGUGGUAUGUGCAACCUGGAGGAGACAGCGUGCAACCUGGGGUGGCUCAUGGUGACCUUGUGCAACUUCGGAGAGUCAGGGGAAAACUCUUCAUCCUGUUGGCAGCGGAACAACCAUCAACAGCAAGAAACAACAGUGAUAUCAGCAGUAGUUGCGUGUUGAGUGAAUCCUGGUCAGAAGUCUGACACAAGUGUGUGCAACCUUCCCACUGCCUGCACUGAUGUCCUGAGCCCCAGCUUGCCAGCCGUAUGACUCAAUGUCCCAGUAACCCCGUGGCAUCUCCCGGCUUCACACACGUCACACAGUCAUACUGACACAGAUAGUCUUCCACGAUAUCCCUCGAGUCAGUUAUACUCACAGAUUCCUGCCCUUCAUACACAAGGCUCAUUGCGUAACUCAACUCAACACCUCACUGGUGGGGGUUAUGUCAUGAUGUUGCUUACAACUUAAACCAACUUAUACCUUGUUUUGAUAGCUUUUGCACAUUAUUGUCAGUUAUGUUUGUCAGAAUACAUCACACAUUAAAAGAAUGACACAUUUAGCCUGUUUGUGUACUCAGAUGAAGGAUGAUUGUGAAGAUAUUAUACAUGUAUAGACAGAUGGUGAUUACUUACUCAGAAGAACAUUUCAGUCACAGGUUGAAACUUCAAGAACAGAGCUCAUUAUGGCCAUAAGUAUAAAUAUUGAACUAAGUAUAUAUGUGGCUUAAUAAUGGAAACAGAAGUGUUGAGGAAUUUCAUGGAUGUUGAAGAAUGUCAUGACUGUUGAAUGAAGAUCUCUUGCAGUAUGUUUAAAGAUCAUGAUGUUUUGUUUGGUGCAUGUAUUUAUUCCGUUACAACCUAUGCAUUAAGGGAGCCUGUACUUAAACCUUCUUUGAUGUUACUUCCAACACAGACACUUAUUCCCAUCCAAUCUGAGACAGUUGCCAAGAAAAUUUCAAAAGUAGCAUACAGUGUAUUGAUAGAGUAAACAUGUGUUGAGUGUAUCAAUUAAAACAACCAGGUGUAUGUCUAGUCCGCUGACACACAAACAUUGGUAUAGAGCUACACAGGUUGUGUUUGUUCAAAGAGUUAUUCCAUCUCAUUACUUUCACCGUCUUCAGUGGAUGUCUGUGUGGUCAUUAACUGGAUCCACAUCAACAUCAUGUCAAAUGAUCUACAUACAAGUGGAUAGAGGCUAUAUGUCUUAUGUAUACACCUGUAUAUACUAUCCAUUAUAAACAGAACUUGAGAAAAUAUAAUGUUUUCUAUUUAA